AUGCUUUUGUGGCUGCUCAUACCAAUCCCGCAAGCUGCUGCUCGUCCUAUUGUACUUGUACCUGUUGCUUUUAACUCUACGAAUCCGUUUGAUUCAGAACAUGAAUCAAGGAAUUCAUCGUUCUCUGGAGAAGCCGACAUUAAGAGAAAUGCGACAAAACUUAUUGAUCCUUCUAUACUCAUCACAUUGCGGGAGAACGAUUGGAGGGAUAAUCAUCACGAUAAGAAGAUAAUCUGGUCUAUAGAAUCGAAGCAUCAUCCUGGCCACGGUAAAAAAUCUUCGAAAGGAAAAUCAGAACGGAUGUCUGUUAGGUCACAAGUGACGUCCUUUUUGAUACUGGGAUCAGUGGUUGGCUUUAUUAUUUAUACGUACCUAUCGCAUGUUAUCACGAUGAGGAGGAUUGAUCGGCAGCUGAAAGCUGCUCAACUAAGAGAACUUGUGCAAAGAUCUGCAAUUAUUAUGGCGAGUUCUGCUCAGCAAAAUCAGCUCAACCUCCAGGAACGGAGACAUUCUCUCAUCAAUAUGUUUAAAGGCUUCAAAUUAUGA